AUGAAAGUCUUUUGCGCCAGCGAGACCGAUACCGGCAAUCCAAUGUUUGCCGCCCUGUCCAAUGACAACAGAUUCAAUCGACAACGUGCCUGGCUGCAGUGCAACGACUUCGUCAAUGGUCACAUCGUCGGCGCUCCUCGGAACGAAAACACACUCGUCGGCCGGCUCACGACGGCGGAAUUCUUCAUCAAACAAUGUGAAUUGUGGUUUCCUCGCGGGCCAAACAGAGAGACUUUCGGUGCGAGCAAAGGUCGAACAGCAGAUACGCUGAACGCAUACACCAGUGGCCAGAACCCGACGAAAGCCAGGCACAUCAUCUACAGCAGUGGCAGUCGAGAUGUAUGGCGCGAGAUGGGCGUCGCAGCAACGCGGCGCCCAGGAGGUCCGAUGCGAAGUGAUCCUGAGAAGGAUAUUGUCGUUCAUGUUCUGGAGAGUGGAUGUCAUCACAGCGAGAGGAGCACACGCAUUGCAGAGUUGUAUCAAGACAUUCGUCGGGUCCACGACCUGGAAGUCGACCAGGUCUGUCGCUGGGCUCAGCAGUGGCCAGGCUAUUCUCAUUAUUGA